AUGGUCUUUGAGGAACGCUCCCUCCAAAAUACCGGCAAUGCCUCGUUCUACCGCUAUAACCCGUCGUUAGCAGUCGCCAUCGUAGCGGCUGUGCUAUAUGGCAUCGCAUUUCUCUUGACCUUUGUGCAAUGGAUCAGAUAUAAAUCCUGGGUCUGGGUUGUCAUGGUCAUUGCUGCAGCAAUGGAGGCAGUCGGCUACAUUGGCCGUUGUAUCUCGACCCAGAACGUCACCGAUAAGCCCAUCUACGUCCUUCAAUUCUCCCUCAUCAUUCUCGCGCCAGUCCUCAUGGCCGCUUGCUGUUAUAUCCUAUUCAGUCGAAUCCUGUUUCUGGUUGUUCCCCGUGAGGAACGAACCUUGCGCUUGUGUUGGGUGCCCCCCAGGUUCAUCACACCACUCUUUGUGGGCUUCGAUGUUGUCGCUCUUUUUCUCCAGCUGGUUGGAGCUGUUAUGAUCUCUUCUGUUGAUGCAAGUGACCCAGAUGGAGCAAGUAAGCUCAAUCGGGGGAAGCACAUUGCCCAGGCUGGUGUUAUUGUACAGCUAAUUGCUUUUGGUCUCUUCUCUGUGGCUGCUGUCCGGUUCAAUUUCACUUCGAAAAAAUUUACUAAGACUAUUCAUGAGAGAUAUGAGUUGUCUGGAGAAGAGGACUACGUCAUCGAUGGGGUUGCGAAGAAAAAACACUGGCCAGCAUUAUUGCGUGUGGUGAACCUCACUACUUUGUUGAUCUUGGUCCGUUCAAUUUACCGUUUAGUGGAGUUUACCGAAGGCGUGACAGGAUAUCUCAAUACGCAUGAGUGGACUUUGUACGUAUUUGACGCCUUGGUCAUCUAUCCCUGCGUUGCACUCUUCAUCUACUGGCAUCCAGGGAAGUAUCUGCCGUAUCUGGGCUUCCGUUUGCCUAAGCAUGCUCUGUAG